AUGGCCAGCGCAACACAACCGGUGCAUCUGAAACUGGAACGUUUCGGAACCGUUUUACGCGUAACCAUCAACAAUCCGCGCAAAAAGAAUGCUCUCAACAAACAGGCAUACCAAGAUCUGGCUGAUACCCUCAAUACAGCGAACAAGGAUGACGGUAUAAAUGUGGUUGUACUAACCGGUACCGGAGAUUACUACAGUUCGGGUAACGAUAUGGUAUCGGCGGUGUCCGAUGAAGGAUCGGUCGAAGAAAAGCUUGCUCGUGGAAAUGCUAUUUUGCGGGAUAUGGUUCGUGCUUUUAUUUCAUUCGACAAGUUGCUGAUUGCUAUCAUCAAUGGCCCGGCGAUUGGAAUUGCGGCAACCACUGCACUUUUGAGCGAUGUUGUGUAUAUGACGGACUCAGCCUACUUCUACACGCCGUUCACAAAGUUGGGCCUUUGCGCUGAAGGAUGCUCCUCGUACACGUUCCCAUUGCUUAUGGGUCGAAGCAAGGCAUCAGAAAUGCUCCUACUGAACCACCGUAUGUCUGCCCAAGAGGCAUUGCAGUUUAACGUCGUCGCAAAUGUGUUUAAACGUGAUGAGAUUGAAAGCAAACUAUGGCCUCAGAUACUGGAGUACGGUAAACUUCCAAUUGGAUCCAUUAAAGCUGGUAAGAUGCUGAUCAAUCGUUUCCAGCGCGAUAAACUCUACGAAGCAAAUGAUCGCGAAACGGAAGCACUAAUGGAUCGCUACCAGACGGAAGAAUCGCUGAAUGCGGUAAUGGAAUUUAUGAUGCGGAAAAGCAAAAUGUAA